UUCAAAACAUCCAAUCAGGCGUGAGUCUGGACCUGGUUUUCUACUGAACACACAAGUUCAUUACCUCACUAUCACUUUGUCUAAACAGGAACGAUGAUCACACUCUUUGUGGCUCUUUACUCUCUGCUUUGUCUCUGCACAACUGUAAAACCAUCCGAAUUCAAGCCGCUUCAUAUGAAAACAGUUAAACUAAGAGGAGAUGCAAUUAUGCAGUGUGACAUUAUUGGGGUCAAAAACAAAAAUACUUUAGCUUGGUACAAACAGAGUUUUGGAAAAUUGCCGCAGUUGUUGGCGAGAUCAUACAGGAACACUCUGGGCUACACAUUUGUUGAGGGAUUUAAUGAUAACCGCUUCAGUGUUACUGUAAAUGACCAAAAGUUUGAUCUCAACAUAAACAUCAUGAGAGAAGAUGAUGGAGGAGAAUAUUUCUGUGGAGAAAUUGAUAAAAAUUCACUAAAGUUCACAUCUGGAACACGUCUGCAGUUUGAAGGUGAAGAGAUGAAACCCUGUCCUACACCUGGAACACUUAACAAGAACACACACUCUGUUACACACCAGGGUUCAAACAGCAGAGAUGGAGAAGGAAAAACUUCUAAUAUGAAGAAUCUUCAUGUGAAAACAGUAAAACAUGGAGAAGAUGUAACUAUGGAGUGUGACAUUAAUGGGCUCAAAAACAAAAAUACUUCAGCUUUGUACAGACAGAGUUUUGGAAACGUGCCUCAGGUUUUUGUAAGACAGUUCGGGCAGAGUUACACAUUUGUUGAUGGAUUUAAUGAUAACCGCUUCAGUGUUGCUGUAAAUGGCGAUAAGUUUGAUCUCAACAUUAAUGAAACAAGAGAAGAUGAUGGAGGAGAAUAUUUUUGUGGAUAUGUGGACGGAAGUACAGUAAAGUUCACAUCUGGAACACGUCUGCAGUUUGAAGGUAAAGAGAUGAAACCCUGUCCUACACCUGGAACACUUAACAAGAACACACACUCUGUUACAGACCAAGGUUCAAACAGCAGAGAGGGAAAAGGUGCUUCAUCAAGCAACCCUCAAACUCCCACCAAUCAGGCUGAUGAUGAAGAUUUCUUGAACUAUGCAGCUGUGAACUUUGCUAAGAAACCUUCAUCCUCCAGAACAUCCGGAGACAUUUAUGCAGAAGUUAAAAUAAAAUAG